AUGAUGUACUUUCAGUACAAUAAAGGAGAUGCCUCAAAGGAAGAAACAGGAGAGAAACCGUACAAGUGUGAUGUCUGUAGUAAGGAAUUCUGUUAUUUCUCUGAGCUGCAGGAACACCUGGGCACACAUACAGGAGAGAAGUCAUACAGGUGUGAUGCCUGUAGUAAGGAAUUCUGUUAUUUCUCUGAGGUGCAGAAACACCUGGGCACACAUACAGGAGAGAAGUCAUACAAGUGUGAUGUCUGUAGUAAGGAAUUCUGUUAUUUCUCUGAGCUGCAGGAACACCUGGGCACACAUACAGGAGAGAAGUCAUACAAGUGUGAUGUCUGUAGUAAGGAAUUCUGUUAUUUCUCUGAGCUGCAGGAACACCUGGGCACACAUACAGGAGAGAACUCUUACAAGUGUGAUGUGUGUAGUAAGGAAUUCUGUUAUUUCUCUGAGCUGCAGGAACACCUGGGCACACAUACAGGAGACAACUCUUACAAGUGUGAUGUGUGUAGUAAGGAAUUUUCUUUAUCAUCAAAUCUACAAAGACACAUAAAAUUACAUACAGGAGAGAAGCCAUACAAGUGUGAUAUCUGUAGUAAAGAAUUUUCUCAAUCAUCUUACUUACAGACACACAGACGAGUACAUACUGGAGAGAAGCCAUACAAGUGUGAUAUCUGUAGUAAGGAGUUCUCUGUAUCAUCUAGCUUACAGAGACACAGACGAGUACAUACAGGAGAGAAGCCAUACAAGUGUGAUAUCUGUAGUAAGGAAUUUUCUCAAUCAUCUUACUUACAGACACACAGACAAGUACAUACUGGAGAGAAGCCAUACAAGUGUGAUAUCUGUAGUAAGGGUUUUUCUCAAUCAUCUAACUUACAGACCCACAGACGGGUACAUACAGGAGAGAAGCCAUACAAGUGUAAUAUCUUAAGUUAAGAAUUUUCUCAAUCAUCUUACUUACAGACACACAGACGAGUACAUACAGGAGAGAAGCCAUACAAGAGAGAAGCCAUACAAGUGUGAUAUCUGUAGUAAAGA